GUUGGUACAUAAACUAACAACGUACAAUGUUGACAAUAGCGGGUCUCGUAAUAGUGUGCUUAGCUUGGGUUCAACAAGCUGUUUGUACAGAACACAAUGCUAAAGGCCUCAUAGAUAUCAAUUAUGACCGUUUACCAGUGGAUUACCAAGUGAUUUUACGACAACACACUGAUGAUACCAGCUUCCGUCUCAACGCUUCUACCCAUCAGCUUAGCGCUUACGACUAUUUAACCAAGUCAGAAGGUAGGACCGAAGAUGGUGACAGAGCUCUAUGCUUACUCAUGACAGGAGUCGAUGAUAUUGACUGUUACUUAUUUCAUGACUCCAAAGCUAAAUCAAUGAAGUCUAACACACCCCGCAACGAAGCAUUAGCUACUAAAGUCACUUUAUUACUUCAUAUUCUGCUCACGGAGUGGGAGUGGCCCAGCAGCUUUAUUGAAAGCUAUCCCUAUCCAUUUAUGUUCGGGGGUAGUAUUUCACUAGUACAUUUCCUCUACAACAAUGGUCAGCGUAUAAAGUUUGGAUCAUAUGGAGGGAUUUCAAACUGUGAGGAUGAGUGUUGCGAAUUAUGGAAUUGCAGGAAAACUCAUCAGUCCAUCCCAAUUCUACCUUUGGAACGUUACGAGGAAACAUGCCAGAAUCAAUGCAAAGAUGAUGAGAAGAUACAAACAUGGAACUUGGAAGUUAGCGGCAUUAAUAUCAAGGGUAAAGUACGUGACAGUAGUACUUACAGACCUAAUAGUUUGCAAGCUUACUUAGCCAAACAAGACGAAUGUUGUCCAGGAUGCACAAAUUUUUUUAAACCAUUUUUUUGAAAGAGCUAACUGUAAUCUGUUUGAUUCCGAGCUCACAAAACUCUGCAUUGUAUUUUCAAGUAUUUUGUUUAUAUAAGAUAUUAUGCGGUAAUCCUUUAAGCUUAUGUCUAUUGAAUAUAAAAUCUAAUAUUAGAAAAUAUCAAAAAUGGUCCAUAGUAUUAUUAUGUUAUCGAAGUAUCCUCUUAUGACAGCAAUCUGAAUAUGAUUUUUCUGAUGGAACUACGAGUAAAUACAGUUGGGUAACUAUAUGAAACGGGCGCUGAGAAUAUCCCCAACUCGAUAGUAAAAACGA